AUGGACAGGUUGCACUCCUCCAUGCGUAAAAGAUUGUACAGUUUGCCACAGCAUAUUGGACAGAAAGCUUCAAUCAUGGGCGAAGGAGAAGACGGCGACAAGGACACCCGGAGGAAGAGCAUCAGGAUGAAGCCCUUGCCAUCGCCAACCUCCGGAGGAAGCUGCAAAGGCGUCGGGGAGACCAGGAGUGGGGACACGAUGAUCAUGGAGACGGACAUUGGGAGACCAAUGAAGACCAGCUCAAACGGAGAUUGUCGGAGAUUUCGAGGUAGUCUCUCCUCCAUCACUAGUCGGCAUGUGCACGACUCAGACUCAGCGGAGGAGAGGCGCCUCAUCACCGAGGGCGAUGUCACUCCGAGUGAGGAGAGCCCUCCCGGAGCUAUUGGCGGCGGGGCGGACACAGGUGCGCCAGGCGCCAGCGAUGGUGGUGCUAGUGGUGUCCAACAUGCUUCUCUUGAUCAGGAAUCAGGCUUCAUAAAGUUGGAUGACAUUGAUCAUAUUUCGCCGGACGAUGAGAGAUUGUACCAGGCAGGAUUCAUUCACAGGCAGUUUGGGGCAAUGCUGCAACCGGGAGUCAAUAAGUUCUCCCUAAGGAUGUUUGGGAGCGAAAAGGCGGUGGAACGGGAACAAGAGCGGGUAAAAUCCGCAGGAUUUUGGAUAAUUCAUCCGUACAGUGAUUUCAGGUUCUACUGGGACCUGACCAUGCUGCUGCUAAUGGUGGGAAACCUGAUCAUCAUCCCUGUCGGCAUCACCUUCUUCAAGGAUGAGCACACCCCCCCCUGGAUCAUCUUCAACGUCAUCUCAGACACCUUCUUUCUCAUGGAUCUGGUGCUUAACUUCCGCACGGGCAUCGUCAAGGAGGACAACACAGAGAUCAUUCUGGACCCACAGCAGAUCAAGCUGAAAUACCUGAAGAGCUGGUUUGUGGUGGACUUCAUCUCCUCCAUUCCCGUGGACUACAUCUUCCUCAUUGUGGAGACACGCAUUGACUCUGACUUCUACAAGACGGCCCGGGCCCUCAGGAUUGUCCGCUUCACCAAGAUCCUCAGUCUGCUUAGACUGCUCAGGCUGUCCCGGCUAAUCAGAUACAUCCACCAGUGGGAGGAGAUCUUCCAUAUGACCUAUGACCUGGCCAGUGCCAUGGUGCGAAUCGUCAACCUGAUUGGCAUGAUGCUGCUGCUGUGCCACUGGGAUGGCUGUCUGCAGUUCCUGGUUCCUAUGCUGCAGGACUUCCCACAGGACUGCUGGGUGUCCAAAAACAAAAUGGUGAACGACACGUGGGGACAGCAGUACUCCUACGCCCUGUUCAAAGCCAUGAGCCACAUGCUGUGUAUCGGCUACGGCAUGUACCCACCCGUGGGCAUGACCGACGUCUGGCUCACCAUACUCAGCAUGAUCGUGGGCGCCACCUGCUACGCCAUGUUCGUGGGUCACGCCACCGCCCUCAUCCAGUCCCUGGACUCAUCCCGUCGGCAGUACCAAGAGAAGUACAAGCAGGUGGAGCAGUACAUGUCCUUCCACAAGCUGCCAGCGGAUAUGAGGCAGAGAAUCCAUGACUACUAUGAGCAUCGCUACCAGGGCAAGAUGUUUGAUGAGGAGAGUAUCCUGGGAGAACUCAACGAGCCACUCAGAGAGGAAAUCAUCAACUUUAACUGUCGAAAGCUGGUGGCUUCCAUGCCACUGUUCGCUAACGCCGACCCCAACUUUGUGACCUCCAUGCUGACCAAGCUGCGCUUCGAGGUUUUCCAGCCUGGCGACUACAUCAUCCGGGAGGGCACCAUUGGCAAGAAGAUGUACUUCAUCCAGCACGGGGUGGUCAGCGUGCUUACCAAAGGCAACAAAGAAACCAAGCUCUCAGACGGAUCCUACUUUGGGGAGAUCUGUCUGUUGACGCGUGGAAGAAGAACGGCCAGCGUCAGAGCGGACACGUACUGCCGUUUGUACUCUUUGUCUGUGGACAACUUCAAUGAGGUCCUAGAGGAGUAUCCCAUGAUGAGGCGGGCCUUCGAAACCGUGGCUCUGGACCGUCUGGACCGAAUAGGGAAGAAGAACUCCAUCCUGCAGCACAAGGUGCAGCAUGAUCUGAGCUCCGGCGUUCUCAACUACCAGGAGAACGAGAUCAUCCAGCAGAUUGUGCAACACGACCGGGACAUGGCCACUUGCGCGCACCUCCUCCAGAAUGUCACUCCGCCUCAGCCCCCCUCUCCUGGUCACACCCCCGUAAUCUGGGCCCCCCUCAUCCAGGCCCCCCUGCAGGCAGCCGCCGCCACCACCUCGGUGGCCAUCGCCCUGACCCACCACCCCCACCUCCCCCACCUCCCCGCCACCCUCUUCCGCCCGCCCAUUACGGUCCUGGGCUCCAGAAACCUCCAGGAUCCGCCCCCGAGCCGGCUGAAGAAGUUCCACGGAGGAUCCACUGGGCCUGACUCCCCGUCGGACACCCCAACUAAACUGCACUGUUCUGGGGUGGACACACCCCUGCUGGCCUCCUUCCGGGCCUUCCACAUGACUCAGGGGUCGGGGUCCAGCAGCUCCAGUAAACAGGUCCCCGGCAGCGGUGGGACAUCUGCCUUCCCCUUUGGGCCGUUCUCCUCCUCAGGGGGCUCUCCAUCCCACAGCACGGCCCAGCUCCACCCACAGCCCCAGACGCAGCAGCCCUUCCGCUGCACCACCCCGCCCCUCACAACCCUCUUUCAGCAGGGAGCCCUGGGAGCAGGGGCUGGGACAGCUGGAGGGACUACGGGGGCUACCGGGGGAGCUACAGGUUGGUCUUCAGCAGCAACAGGGAACACGGGCGGAGCUGAGGGGGCCAAGGGUGGGGCUAUAAGAAGGGCCACUGGUUGGGGUAGAAGUGGGUCCACCGACGGAUAUACCACUGGAGGGUAUAUAGGAGGUGCCAGCGGAGGGUACUCUGGAGGGGCUAGCGCAGGCCAUAUAGGGGCUGUGGGUGGGGCGGUGGGAGGGGCUUUGGGAGGGGCUAUGACUGGUAGCUUUCUGGGUAGGUCUGGUCGUAAUAUCAGCCCCCCGUCAUGCGGUUCAUCCAGCCACAUACAGACCGGCGAGUUGCAACAAAGCCUGCCACCACCCAAGCCUCCACAGGUGGGCUCUCUACAGCAGUUUGCUGGCGGGGGCAGGACUCCCAGUGGGCUCUACCACACCCCCUCCCCAGGAUCCCCCUCCUCCUCCUCCCAGCAGCCCCCAGAGGGCUCCCUGUAUUCCCUAACCCAGUUCGGCCUGGCAGGCCUUCAGUCUGGCCCGGUGCCUCAGCUGUCCCUGGAGAGGUCCGCCCUGGCUUCGCUGGCCCAGUACGGCUCGGCCAACGCCUCGCCCUGCUACACCCCGCUGGCGCCGAGCCCCACAGUCCAAAGCCCCGUCACAGGGAGGACUUUUCACUACAGCGACCCGUCCAGUGCCACUGGGUCCCACAGCUCCCUGCUCAUGCCCCAGACCUCCCUCCCCACCCAGCCGCCCGGUCAGCAGCACGCAGCCGGCAGAGAGUCUCCCCCGGGCCGCUUCUCGGAGGACAUGAAACUACUGUCCAGCUCUCGCUCGUCUCUUCCCCAGGAAGCUGCCCAUGCCGUGGGAUACAACUCACCGCCGCGCUCCUCAGCCCUGUGCUCUUCGCUGCCCCGAUCCUCGCCCCCACGCUCGUCCCUUGAGCCGGGAUACUGCCUGUCCUCGCCCUACUCCUCGCCCACCCUGGUGCCAACGUCCUGUAGCUCAGUGCAAGGGCACAUGACUCCUCCCGUCCCUUCCCAGAUGUCUCCAGGACACCCGCAACACCAGACUCGGUCUCCCGUUGCCUCCCCAGCCCUGCCGCCAAGGAAGGGCUCCGCCGCUCACUCUGAACUAGAACCCGUCCGCUCCAAACUCCCCUCGAAUUUGUGAGGUUUGAUCGCACCCUCCGUGCACUAGUACCCAGACAAUCUUCCUCUGUCUUCUUCUUUUCCCCCUAUCUUUUAGGCUUCACUGUGUUUUCAUCUUUAUCGUUUCCAAGAUCUUAAUAUUACUGUGAUUUAAAAGGUAACGCAUAACCAGGUAACUUAUAGCUCUCUACACUACUAAUGUUUCUUGUUUUUCUGCUUUUUUCUCUUUUUUUAUUUUAAUUCAUACUUAUAUGCAUAUAAAUAUAUUUAAAAUAUAUGUUAAUCAAGGGUUAGGAGGGUGUGAACAAGAAUGCUAUCCAUUCAAGCGAUGCUCAUUUCUUUAUUUCUAACUAUGCCAAAUUCACAUGAUAGGGUUUGGCCAGAUAUGAACACUAGUUCUUUGUUGCAGGAACCUAUGCACUAACACCUGCAUGUAUAGAUGCUUUUUGUGUGUUUCAGAAUAACAGAAUCUACCUUUUUAGAGGAAAGUCCAUGCUUCAAUAAGAACAGACUGAGUUAUUUUGGCAUCCCAUACAGGGUCACAUAUUGUUGAUCCUUCUAUUGUCUACUAGAUUACGCCGACCGAUCCACUCUAUAGACAUUUACAAGAGAUUUUAGGAAACCAAAAAAGACUUUCCUCUGGAGUGAUCAAUCUGCCUCCUCUUGGGCCAGUGGGUUAUUUUUGUGUUUUUUUUUGUUUUUUACCAGUGUAUAUUGUAGUAAUAUUUGGGAUGUUGCUUGGGCUACAGUCUCCGUGUUAAGACAGACAGUAUGAUGUGUUAGUGACAGUCAACCCUGUCCUGACAAAUUCACUUUGUCUUCCAAGCUUGUCACGACGCAAAUGUUUCACAGAAGAAGGACAAGUUGAGCCCUGCAAUCUGUGUGCAAGCGGAUAGAGCGCAAGUGUGUGUCUGUGUGUGUGUGUGUGUGUGUGUGAGUGAGAGAAAGAAAAAAGCGUGAGUAGCCUGAUGCAAGGCAACAUUUUACCCGACUGACCAAGAGGAGUUUUGCCUUUUCACAAAACUAGAACUUCCAUCCCAGCUAGCUAGACUUCAUACCUCCUUUCAAUCUCUCAAUGCUAUUAACAGACAAAAUUCACCAGUGGUCCCAGGGUCUUCAAUCCCACAUACAUACUGUAGUAAAUGUACAGGAAAUAGACACACUGGACAUGAGUACUGACCAGUGUAAUAGUGAUGUUAUCAGAUAGGAGGGCUGCCUGAUAGACCUUUACCACUCCAUGUGUUCUUGACUACUGCGUCAACCCAUAGCUGCUAUAAGGUCGACAUAGACAUUCUCCCACAUUGAAUGCCAGUGUUGAGUUGAACACCUUGAAUGUAUGCACAUUUCAUUAGACUUUUUACUCCUACAUAAACGCGUGUCAUGGAUUGUUAUGGCGAGGAGGUGAACCCAAGGAAGAGAAAUGACUGUCCUGUUGUGAGCGGUUUCAUAGUACUGUACGUCAAGCUCUACCCAAGUGGGCAAAACUGGAUGAAAUGACGUCAUUCUUACCUGUUAACAUGACACCAUUGCAACCAAAUGUCAUUGUGUCAUUUCAAUCAAGAUGUCGUUUCAACCAGCUUUGCCUUCAAGGAUGUCAGUCAUGGAACCUGUAUGUAGUGUGUAGGUAUGUGGCUACUGGUGGCAGUGAUGGUCAUCUCGACAGCCUGUCGAUCUCUUUCAUCCAUUGUUAUGAGCAACAUGCUCCCCUAGGUUCAGACAACUGGCUUCUCUACAACAACACCCCUCAUUUAACAAGACAGCCGCUGACCUCUGACCUGCAUUGGUCACCCUGGGUUAUUUCACAGUAGCGCUCAGUGACCGCUCGCUCUGUAGCCCCUCAUUACUGCCUACUUAAGCUAAGGCCUGACCACGCGCACACACUCAGACACACACAAAAUCACACUCACACAUCACACUCAGAAUGCAGUAUUCAUUUCAUUUAAAGUGGACACAGUAAGAUUUCUACUGAUAAAAGGGCUUUGAAAAUGAGUUUUCUUCUACUGAAGUGAUUGCAGAUCAUUCGAUCCUGUUUUAAAACGUCUCUCCGUAUCUAAUGGGUUAGCUGUUGUUGUUUUAAACCUUGUCUUCGUCUUCAGCAUGGAGCUACGGCCCCGAAUGUGUAUUCCCUAACGGUGUCUGCCUGACACCUGUCUCACUGACAGGCCAUUCGACAGUGGGAUCCCCACAGACAUUCCCACAGACAGGGAGGGAGGGUGGUAGCACAGCAGCUUGACUGCCUGUGAACACAGAGAGGAAAGCUCCACUGGAGGAAUAUAAAUGUCUCGAGUACAAAAAGACUGCAGUGACUGGACCGCACGUUGAAACAAAAACCGACCUCAAACGGUUUGAUUAUUUCCCACAAUAUUACCUCAUUAGGCGGAGGGAUGGGGAAAUGUGACUACUUUGAUCAGGGAGCCCGUUGUUGAGACAGCGCCAUACAUCUGAGGAGACAGUGAUGUAUUGGAAGAAUGAUGCGGUUGGACAGACAGCCAGGGGGCUGACAGGUAAACCAGCACCCCCCCCCCACCCCCCCAACCCACACUGACAGGGUGCUUGUUUUAUGGGGGGCCGUUGAAUGCAAGUAGAACCCCCAUCUUUAUUAUUACUGAGCACUCGUGGGGGCUGGUCUGAAGGAGAGACGGAUAUUGAUAUUGGGCAACCUUGGGAUGAUGCAGCGGCAACGCUGGGCCUGCGUGUCUGUGGGAGAUAUCUCCCCAAUGUGCUCCUGGCCAGCUGGAUGGCUGAGAGUGGUCUCAGUCUAAAAAGGGGAGGCACAGGUCUAGGCUUAAAGAGUGAUAGACCCAGAACAAGGAUCCAUUAGCUGAGUGUGGACCUGGAAGUGCAGGCUGUUACCCCAGAUAAGGGUGUGCAUAGUGGAUCUAUCCAGUCGGUUGAUGUCACUCAGGGAGCUGUCAGUGUCACGUCUGAAUUUCCACAACCACCGUCUCUCAUCUAGUCACACCUUCCUAACAGUGCACCGUCUGGUCUUCCUCUAAUGCCAUCUCAGCUUCAACUGGACAGGGCCUAACAUCACUGUUUUCCCCUCUGCUUCGGUAGCAAGUGUUUGAUUUCAUUAGAGAUCUCAGAGUUCAUCCAUAAAACCCAUCUGUAGGAGACCAUAGAGUAAAUUGACAUCCUUCUAUGAAACAGUGGACAGUGGUUGAAUUCUGGGAGAAUGUUAAUCAUCCACCUGACUUAGGACGAUUGAUGUGUACCUUCUAUCAUCCAUCCAACUUGGGAAGGUUGAUGAGUACCUUCUAUCAUCCAUCCAACUUGGGAAGGUUGAUGAGUACCUUCUAUCAUCCAUCCAACUUGGGAAGGUUGAUGAGUACCUUCUAUCAUCCAUCCAACUUGGGAAGGUUGAUGAGUACCUUCUAUCAUCCAUCCAACUUGGGAAGGUUGAUGAGUACCUUCUAUCAUCCAUCCAACUUGGGAAGGUUGAUGAGUACCUUCUAUCAUCCAUCCAACUUGGGAAGAUUGAUGAGUACCUUCUAUCAUCCAUCCAACUUGGGAAGGUUGAUGAGCUUUGGACUGAUUCCAGAAGGACAUAUCAGGAGCAUGUCUUAAGACAACUAAGUCCAUAAACUGCAGCUCUACUGUGAAUUUCAGGGCAGACAGACAGGCAUCCUUUGCUGUGGUUGUCUGUUAUACGGUAAGAACAGACCAAAUUAAUUUGCUGUAGAAUGGCUUUAUGGGCGUUUGUUCCCCGUCCCUGUGCCUGCAUGUCAUUGUGUUCCCCUCUGUCCAGAUGACUGCAGGACCCUAUUGUGUUGGUGUUCUCUGGGCCUGCAGCGGCCGAGCGGGCACAAGAGUCGGAGGGAAUGACAGGAGUGCUGCUAUUCUAGUGCUUCAUUGUGGACCCUGUCUGCUCUGAGACCUGGAGAAGCUCCACCUGGCAUAGCCAGCAGCAUUUCUUAUUCAUGGUGCUCUCUGUAAUUCAACACAUUUUUAUUCCAUUUGGGCCGCUCCCAAUUUCCGAACCUAAUCUUUGCCUCCCUACUCUCCUCUGUGCUGUAUUACGGGGCUGUAAAUACGGCUGGGGGAAUCCGGCGGUGCACUGUGAAAUGAAAUCAUCUGCAGUGAUUGAGGAUUGGAUGAAACAGCAGCAGAAUUGAACUUGGGUGGGGGGGGGGGUUGGGCACGGGGGGGGGUGUUCACGAG